AUCCUUUCAACAACGCAACAAAAGAAGUUGCAUGAGUGGAGCGCAUGAGUUGUUCUGUGCCACAGAAAUGUCUCUUAAGCAAGAGCUCCCAAGCUCUUCUUUCCCCCCUAUUCUCUCGCCUAACAACUGAACACAGGUAUUUUUUACAAGAACAAAGGGAUUCAGCUUGUCUGCACCAAUUAGCAGAAAUGCUGAGGCUGAAUGUAUACUGUUCUAUAGCUGCAAGCGCAAGGCAGUUCAGGACAGGACGCAUCAGCUGUGGUUCAUGGGUCAUUUGGCAUCAAGGAGCUCAGAGAGUGCCUCGUGCCGUUGCCGUCAAGGCUUCAUUGAAAGACAAGACAGAAGGGGGCAGUGGCGGAUUUCUUGGACGGAGCUGGGACCCUGGACAGGAAAUUGAGGUUCCUUUCGAACAAAGGCCGGUGAAUGAGUACUCCUCCCUGAGAAAUGGACCAUUAUAUUCAUGGGGUGAACUGACUCCAGGAAACUUUUUCCUCCGCCUUGGAGGCCUCUGGUUGACAGCUUUCACAGUCUUGGGAGUGCCAAUUGCUGCUGCAAGUUUUAAUCCUUCAAUGGAUCCUCUCAGAUGUUUCCUGGCUGCAGGGACAGGAACUCUUUUUCUAGUGUCACUAAUUAUCUUGAGAAUUUACAUGGGAUGGAGUUAUGUUGGUGAUAGACUUUUAUCAGCAGUGAUACCUUAUGAAGAAAGUGGAUGGUAUGAUGGGCAAAUGUGGGUAAAGCCUCCCAAGGUCCUAGCCCGUGAUAGACUGUUGGGGUCUUAUAAGGUUAAGCCAGUUAUCAAAUUGCUUAAACAAACCCUAGUCGGAACAGGGGCAUUACUUGUUACAGCAGUUACGCUAUUUAUCUUCGCCACACCAGUGGAGGACUUCCUUCACAACACUUUCUCUGGAAAAGAUAAUUUGUCUACUUCAAACAUCAGCACAAAUUCCAAUAUAAGAAAAGAGGAGUUGCUAAAAUUGCCGGAGGAGGUGAUGACUGAUGAUGAUCUAGCAGCAGCUGCUGCUAAGGCUGCUGAUGGAAGGCCAGUCUACUGCAGAGAUAGGUUUUAUCGCGCAUUAGCAGGGGGGCAGUACUGCAAAUGGGAAGAUCUACUUAAGUAAUGAAAGGAAAUGAGGGAGAAAAAGAGCAGGGAUCAUUUUGACUUUUGAACUAUGAACUAUGAGCAUCUUUGUAAUUGAUCUCAUUGUUUUGGAGAAACCAUCAAAAUUGUUCAAAGUAUCAAAA